GUUCUACUGGGACUUCACAAUGUUGCUGUUCAUGGUGGGAAACCUGAUCAUCAUUCCGGUGGGCAUCACCUUCUUCAAGGAUGAGACCACAGCCCCAUGGAUAGUGUUCAAUGUGGUCUCAGAUACCUUCUUCCUCAUGGACCUGGUUCUGAACUUCCGCACUGGCAUCGUCAUAGAGGACAACACUGAAAUCAUCCUGGAUCCCGAGAAGAUCAAGAAGAAAUAUCUUCGCACGUGGUUUGUGGUGGACUUUGUGUCCUCUAUCCCCGUGGAUUACAUCUUCCUCAUUGUAGAGAAGGGCAUCGACUCGGAGGUCUACAAGACUGCCCGCGCCUUGCGUAUUGUUCGAUUUACCAAGAUCCUCAGCCUCCUGCGCCUGCUGCGCCUUUCCCGCCUCAUCCGAUAUAUCCACCAGUGGGAAGAGGUGAGGCCCAUGACCUG